AUGCAAAAUAAUUUUUCUUGCUUACUUCACCCCAUAAGCAAAGAAAACCAUUGAAAAAAUCGCUAUUUUUGACUCUCCACGAGAAACAAAAAAUAUUAAUAUAUAAAUAAUAAUUAAUAUAUUGAAAUCUCUUGCUAAUUCUGCCAUUUAAAAACAUAAAUUUUACCAAUUAAAUUAAUUUUUGCUUACUCCCCCCCUCCGUGAGUGAACAAAAAAAUUUUGUUCACCUACGGAGGGGGUUAAUUUUUUUAAAAAAAAUUAUAUAUAAAUUUUACAAAAAAUAUUUUUUUCGAAAUUUAAAAAAUCCUAAUUCGCAAAAAUUGGAAAACAAAUAUUAAUUUAAUUUAUAAAAUUUAUGUUUUAAAAAGCAAUUCGUUUAAAAUUAAACAGAAUUAGCUCUAGAUUUCAUUAUGCUAAUUAUCAUUUAUAUAUCAAAAAUUUUUUUCCAUAAAAAAAUUUUUGUUCACUCACGGAGGGUGGGUUUUUGGGCAAAAAAUAGGGAUUUUUCUAAUGGUUUUAUUUCACUCACGGAGGGGCGGAGUUAUCAAUUUUUUAUGAAUAUGGAUUUUUUUAAAUUUAUCCCCCUCUUGAGUGAAACUAAAUUUUUAUGCUUGCUUAAAGAGGGGAAGUUAAGGAAUGCUAUUAUUAAAUUUAUAUUAGUUUUAUUCUCAUUGAUGGCAUUAGUACUUCUUAUAAAACUGUUUAGAAUAAACAAUUCUGAUCUUGAAUUUUCGAUUAAAUUCUUCAAAGAUAAUUUCAAAAAAUGUCAAAAUUUUCACCAAGCAGUUUCUUACAAAAUAAUCCCGAUUUUUACAGCUAUUUAUAGCUCAAUAAUUUAG